GCACCGGAUAGGCUAGAAACCCGGAAAUAAUACAGCUUCCAGUCAGCUGCUUAUGUGUCAGAGAAAAUAUGAUAUAUUUUGAAUAUUCAUGGUGAAACGCUUCUUUGUUUACACUAUACAGCUGAGCUAAACGGUCAUUGGUCGUUUUGGAGCAGGAAGUGACCGUUUUCAGGUCGCAGCUGCUGCUUGUCGUCUGUCUGCCGGACGUCCGUCAUCUGUGUUUAUCGUCGUUUCGCUUGUUCGUGUCUCAGCUGGUCCGAGUUCAGGAUGGACGGUGAAGCUGACGGCUCGGUGACGGUGUCAGAGGACUCCGGCAGGAGGCGAAGGGUGCACGGCAUGCUGAAGCUCUACUACGGGCUGAACGAGGAAGGAAAGACCCCGGAGCAGCAGGAGUCUCUGGAUCCCUGCGACAUCAACGGGCCGCAUUUCGACCCGGAGCUCUACCUCAACAAGCUCAGAAGGGAGUGCUCUCUUGCGGAGUUGAUGGACCAGGAAACCUGCAUGGUGAAGCAGAUCCGCUCUUUGGACAGUGACAUGCAGACGCUGGUGUAUGAGAACUAUAACAAGUUUAUAUCUGCUACAGACACCAUAAGAAAGAUGAAGAAUGACUUCAAAAAGAUGGAGGAUGAAAUGGAUUGCCUGUCUGCUAACAUGGCAGCCAUCACUGACUUCAGUGCUCGGAUCAGCGGUACUCUUCAAGACCAGCACACACAAAUAACAAAACUGUCAGGGGUUCACACGCUGUUGAGGAAGCUGCAGUUUCUGUUUGAGCUGCCUGCUAGGUUAAAUAAGUGUCUGGAGCUGCAAGCCUACGCUCAGGCAGUGAGCUCCCACCGCCGUGCCCGCUGUGUGCUGCAGCAGUACAGCCACCUGCCUUCCUUCAAGGGCAUUCAGGAUGACUGCCAUGCCAUCAUGGACAAGCUGGCACAGGAGCUUCGACAGAAGUUCAGGGAUGGUGGAACAAGCGCCAAAGAUUUAUCAGAGUGUGUGGAGCUGCUUCUACAACUGGACGAGCCAGCGGAAGAGCUUUGUGAUAAAUUCCUGAGCCAUGCACGGUCUCGACUCGAGUCAGACCUCCAGGGCCUGGAAGCAGAGAUAAGACCAUACCCAAGCACGUCAACCCUGAAAGAUGCAUCUGCACGCAGGUUGUCCUCUGCUGCUGCUGUCGGAUCUCCGACUGAUUGCUCCCCUAAAACAAGCUCUCUCCUGUCUCCCUCCUCAAACACCGACAUCCUGGAAUUCAUAGACAGAGGCUGUAAUGAAUUCGUGAGCAGCUUGUGUUUAGUAAUUACAUCCUAUCAAGAACUGUUUAUUAACCAUGCUCAGACAGGUGAGCUAGCAUCGAAAAAUAUUCCCCAGAUGGCGAAUGGCAAGCUGCACGCCUUUGUGGAUGAUCUGGCUGCUCGAUAUUUCUCGCUAGUGGAGCGGAGGAUACAGGAGGAGAAAGGGGUUGGAGAUAACUCCCUCCUGGUUCGUGCACUCGACCGCUUCCACCGCAGGCUGCAGGCUGUGGCCAAACUGCUGCCGGGCUCAGCUGUUCCAAACCAAGGGACUGAGAUUGUGGUACGAGCAGCGACAGAGCGGGUCAAGCAGUACCUCUGUGCUCUGCAGAGCUUCUACAUGGACAGCCUAACGGAUGUGAGACAGGCCCUGGCGGCACCUCGACUCUCCGUGGCUGGAGCUUCAGUGGCUGGAGGUGGAGCUCAUCUAGGAGGACCAGCCUCUGGGAGAGAUGCUCCCACCAGCCUGCCAGAGCUGCUCUCCUCGCUGUCAGCCUCGAUUCUCAAUCAGAUUAAGUCAGUGCUGGCAUCAGUGCAUCUCUUCACAGCUAAGGACAUUACAUUCUCCAACAAGCCGUACUUCAAGGGUGAAUUCUGCAGUCAGGGUGUACGUGAAAGCCUGGUGGUGAGCUUCAUCAAGUUUGUGUGUCAGUCUUCUCGUCAGUUUUGUGAGAGCGCAGGAGACAAAGGAGGUUCAACUCCUCCAGCCCUCCUGUUGCUUCUGUCUCGCCUCUGCUUGGACUAUGAAACCUCUACUAUCUCCUACAUACUGACGCUCACAGACGAACAGUUCCUUGCACAGCACCACAGUCCUGUAACUCCUGUCACAAGUCUGUGUGCAGAAGCCAGGGAGGCAGCACAGAAACUACUCAACCAUUAUGUCAAGGUUCAGGGCCUGAUUAUCUCCCAAAUGUUAAGAAAGAGCGUCGAAACACGAGACUGGGUGAACACCAUCGAGCCACGAAAUGUCCGUGCUGUGAUGAAGAGAGUAGUCGAGGACACCACCUCGAUCGACGUGCAGGUGGGUCUUUUGUAUGAAGAAGGUGUGAGGAAGGCACACAGCAGUGACUCCAGCAAAAGGACUUUCUCUGUCUACAGCAGCUCCAGGCAGCAGGCCCGCUAUGCUGCCAGCUACACUCCAAGUGCUCCCAUGGAUACCAAUCUGCUGAGCAACAUACACAAGCUGUUCUCUGAGAGGAUUGACAUCUUCAGCUCAGUGGAGUUCAACAAGGUCUCUGUGAUGACGGGGAUCAUCAAAAUCAGUUUAAAGACUUUCCUGGAGUGCGUCCGCCUACGCACCUUUGGUCGUUACGGGCUGCAGCAGAUCCAGGUCGACUGCCACUACCUGCAGAUGUACUUAUGGCGCUUUGUCUCUGACGAGAACCUCGUCCACUUCCUGCUGGAUGAGAUAGUGGGGAGCUCUGCCCACCGCUGCCUGGAUCCUGCCCCGAUGGAGCAGAGUGUGAUCGAAGUCAUCUGUGAAAGAGGUUAAAGCUUGAAGUGCAUCGAAUUACAGCAAACACUGGAAUCAUGUGUUGAAUUGAAACACUUUUCCUCCUACAUUUACUAAUAAAUUUAUUAAUCCAGAUUUAAAUUGUACUGUGAAAACAUUGCACAGACUUGCUCAAUGCUCUUACCUUCAUUAGAAAUCAACUGAACCCGGAUGAUUACAGUCCUUACAAUCUAAAAUAUGAAAAUCUGCAUCAACAGAUAUUAACUUCUGUGUCUGAAACAUAGGGGCAGCUCUUCACCACAGUUAACAUAUCAGUAAUUCUUCUAACUCUAAAACAAACCACAACUACACUUGGUGAUUAUAUUGAUAAGAAACUGAAGUCACUGACUGACAGUGAAUUUACAUUCCAGGCAUUUGUAAUAAAUGUGCACGAGCCUGUAGUUCUUCGGUUUAAUGUUAUAGCCGUCAUACAAAAACAUAAAAUAUGACAGAAUAAGUCCUUUCGCCUGCUCUGCCUGCUAAGAUAUAAAACAUGAAUUAUCCAGAGUACAAGCUGAACUGUUUUAGCACAUUCUCCCCUUGAAGGAAAGUUGCUGAAUGUGAAAACAGAAUAUUAAUGAGUAAAAAGAAAAGCUGUGUCCUGUGGAAAUCUCAUGUAUUAAUAAAUCUUUUUUAAGGGGUCUUUUGCUGAAUAAUUUGCGACCUGAAUGUAAUCUGUGUGUAGCACUACCUGCAGCAGAAGCUGGCGUCAGGUUAGUUGAUUCUCUGUUUUUGUGCACGUCUCCACAGAUACAUGGUGUGUUGGGGAAGGUUUAAAUGUUCAUCCUCUAAUAAAAGUCUAUAAAUGUGCAAUUUAAAA